AUGUCAGCGCUCGCGUCCCACUCAGCCGCGCGCGCGCCGGACGCGCCGAACGCGCCCGCCAUGAGCGUGGAGAAGACGGCCCCGGGCGGCCAGCGAUGGCAGCACCUCUCCGGCGCGAUUCGAGGCCCGCAAACGAUGAGCGUCUCCAAGAACUACAUCUGCAAUUAUUCGGAGCACAUCCCGCCUGGCGGGGACGCCUCGUCCGCCCGCGGGAUCGCCGCCGCGGCGGAUGCCGCCCCCGCCGUGACGAUGGACGUGAACGCGUACGGGGCGGGCGCCGCGGACUUCGCGCCGGGCGCGCUCGCCGUCUUCCGCGACGUCAAGGGCGACGCCGCCUCGGCGCCGCCGGCGACGGUCCUCGUCUUCCUGACGACCGCGUGCGCGAAGUGCCACCUCGUCUACCUCCAGUCCUGCUGGCCGCGCGCGCUCGGCGCCACGCGGCUCCUCGCCGCGGCGGACGUCCUCCUCUACGUGGGCUGCCUCGCGUCCGACCGGACCAGGUUCAAGGCUCCCGGCGACGGCGAAACGCAGAUCGCCGAACCCCGCGCGUCCCCGUGGGUCGACGCGUUGCGGCGCCUGCCGAACCGGAACGUGAGCCUCGCGUGGACGCGGUGGAACCCGGGCCACCAGGCGGGCGCGAUCGCGCCCCUGCUGGUCGCGGCGCGCGAGGCGUGGCUGGGCGGCUACGAGUGGGUCGUACGGGCGAACCCCGACGUGUUAUUCCUGGACCCCGCCCCGCUCGCGGCGCGCAUGGCCGACGCCCGCUCGAGCCUCGUCGCGUGGGUGUGCAGGCUCCCCAAUUCGUACCCUAAGUGGUCGUCGAUCCCGACGGAGUACUUCUUGAACACGGACGUGCUCGCCGCGCGGGUCGACGCGAUCAACCACAGCGGCUGGCGGGGCGGCCGCUCGUCCAGGCCGGAAUUCGUCCGGGACAUCGCCGAGGCGCGGACCACGCUCGCCCUGGACGCCGCGACCCGGAGCGGCGGUGCGACGCUCUGGGCGGCCGGAUCUCAACCAAACCUCUGCCGAGCCCAAUCCCACGGCGUCUUCCACAGCCACCAGGCGUGCCGACGGAGUGUGCAGCCAUCAGAUCCGUCGGCGACCGCGAGAGCGAUCGAGGCGGCCGCGGCGUGCUACGCGGCGCGCUACGAGGACGCCCGCGCGCUCGCGUGCGGCGCAAGCGGCUGCGACGGGAAGGCCGCCGCGCUCCAUCGCCACUACCGGAGCCGCGGGCAAAGCGAGGGUCGCUUCUUCGGGUGCGGCCAAACACCGGUCGAGGCCCUCGCGAUCCUGCACGAGGAAAUGCGCGACGCGGCCGCGGCGUGCUACGCCGCGCGCUACGCGGACGUCCGCGCUCUUUUGUGCGGGUCCGGCGACUGCGACGGAAAGAGCGACGCACUCCAUCGUCAUUACCUGGACAGCGGGCGGAGAGAGAACCGCUCCUACGGCUGCUCCGAAGCUCCGGUCGAGCAGGAGGCCCGCCGGAAACGCCAACGGGAGGCCGCGACGUGCUACGCUGCACGCAACGCGGAUCUCCGUGCGAAAUUUUGCCCGGGCGGAAUCUGCCAGGUCGUCGCUCUCAGAAGACACUACCUGCGCUUUGGAGUGCGAGAGGGCCGCGGCCACUACGGAUAUCUAAAUGCGGCGCAGGCCAAUCUCAAGUUCCCUUCUCGAUUCUUCGCGGGUUUUGGUGCAGUCACCCUCCCCCGCGACAUCCAGCCCGAAAAGCCCAAGCACGCCGCAGGCUCCGGUGAGGCCGCCUGGGGAGCGCAGGAGGACUCAGGCGAGGCGCAGGACUCGGAGACCGGGCAGGGAAGCGAGGACCAUGACUAG